AUGUUUUUCUAUUCUUCCCUGCUAUUUACUUUCUUGUGUUCUCUUCUUGCCUAUUUUCUCAUUCAAAGAAUCAAAUCACGACUAACAAAAGAAUCAGAGGCAAGAAGGUUCAACAUGCAGCUCAAAAGCACAUAUUUUCCUAAUUAUUUCCAGGCAAUUGAUGUUUAUAGUCUUUCUGGUGAAUCGGUGAACAAUGAAGAUAAAAAAGUGGUAUCCAAUCUACCAAAAAACGUGGUGACACUGUUUACCACCACUACUCUGAGAAGUAGAUGUGAUAUUUAUGCGUUGCUAUACACUGAUGGCAUUUCUACUUUCCACAUCAACCUUGACUUUGCAAUACGUGCUCCCUGUUUCUACAUUUACAAAAAGUCUAUUCCCUUUAUCCAUGUUGGAAAGACGUUUAGCAAACCAUUCCUUCUGAACAAGUCAAAGUAUCAUGUUUAUGGAAAUAUCUCCGACAUUCUACAUGACUUUAUUUGUAAGUUUGAUGUUGAGUAUUUCUAUUCUAGCUAUCUUCCAACCACUUGUUCGGAAAACGAAAAGAAGUGCAGCACUGUCGAACUCAAGGCAAGACUUGACUCUGUUGAUGGUGAGUUCUUGUGUAUGUUUUUAAAAAUAUUCUCUCAUGUUGAAUAUGAAAAUGAGAAUAAGUACCAAAGGAUUAUUAAGGAAUUUAGAUUAAUGAAAUCUCAAGAAGAAGCAUAUGAAAAUUUAGGCUUUCUGCAGAAAUUAGACAAGUAUCUUUAUGACACUAAGAAUAAAUAA